AGAGCAAGCUGAAUGCUUUGUGAAAGUUACUUCUGUUCGUAAACCCAGGUGAUGAGUGUCAUUACAGUCCAGAGUGUGAAAAUGGUGACAACCAACAUGUUACUGAGCGUCUUCUUUCUUUCAGGUGCUCUGGCUGCUUGUCCUGAUGAAGCCCACCUUUUCAUCACUGCACCAGAGCAGAUGGAAGCACUGAGUGGAUCUUGUCUGCAGAUCCCAUGUAACUUUAGUGUUACAUCAGGAGGGAGAUUAGACAGCACAGGAACAACCUUUGGAAUCUGGAUUAAUAAUACUACUGAUUUUUCCAAUAAUCCAAAGGCUGUGAUUUUUAACAGUAGCAAAAUGGAUAUUGGAGACCUCAAUCAGAAAAACUGCACCACUUUAUUUUCCAGUAUAUUCACAAAUUUCACAGGCAAAUACUUCUUCAGGAUCGAGAACCCAUCACACAGGGCAACAGCUUCUUGUAACUCUAGUCGAAUAACAGUUAAAGAUUCUGCUCUGAGGCCCUGGAUUAAUAUCUCAGGUGAUGUGAAUGAUCUGAAGGAGAAGCAGUCUGUCACUAUAACCUGCUCAGCUUUCACUCCCUGUCCACACUCCCCUCCUAAACUCACCUGGACUCUCCAACAAGACCCUCACAACAUCAUGGACCAAAACACAGAUGGAACCUUUAGAACUAAAAUCCAGGAGACCAUCACUCUGUCAGACACACAUGAUGGACUCACCAUCAGCUGUUCUGCAGGAUAUCCUGUGAAUGAAGGAAAAGAUGUGAAGACAGCAGCAGCAGAAAUCACUCUCAGUGUUUCAUAUGCUCCCAAGGACACCUCAGUGUCCGUCAGUCCAUCAGGUUUGGUGUCAGCAGGUAGCUGGGUGAACCUGACCUGCUCCAGCAGAGCUAAACCUCCCGUCAGCCGCUUCACCUGGUUCAAGAACAGCAAAGAUGGAGCCAUCAUUGUAGCUGAAGGAGACUUUUACAGCCUUAAUGUCACUGAUGGAGGAGAUUAUUACUGUGUGGCUACAAAUGAUCUCGGAAAUGAGACAUCACUGGUGAUCAGUCUGCCCAUUGAAGGCAACUCUCUACCGUGGGGGUUAGUUCUUGGAGGAAUCAUUGGGAUCAUCAUACUCAUCUGCCUGGCUAGUCAAACAGGUGGAGAGCUGAUUGUUAAAGAGCCUGCAAGUAAGAUGGAGGAAGAAGACAUCCAUUAUGGAGAGAUUGACUUCUCCAAGCGAAGGCCUGAGCUGCCCUCGUCCUCAGAGCAGAACAGUGGACAGCAGCAGGAGACGCUGUACGCACAGGUCAAUGUGUCCAGGACAGCAAACGGCUUAGCACAGACAGCUGAGGCCCCAGAGGAUCUCUACGCUGAAGUGAAGAAAUACUAA